AUGGCGGUAGGCGAGGCUGAAGGCAGUAUUGGCCGUCAGGAAAUGCCCAUCACUGGGCCAUCAGGAUACCAGGCGCAAGGCAGAAGCUCGGGACAAGUGGAGGAUCCUUGGAGACUGAAGACAGUCUUGACCUUAGAUGGAGGGGGCGUGCGAGGCUACGGUAGCCUUCUGAUGCUGCAGGUACUGAUGGAAGAGGUCGCGAAGCUAGAGCAAAACCCCGACCAAGAAGAUGGCCGGCAUGAAUCGAGCUUUAGCCCUUAUGGAAAACCCAAGAGCAAAGUCAAGAGCCAGCCUGGCUCAAGAGUGGGUACUUUGGAAGAGACUACUACCAGGGCCAGGACCGAGACGAUGAACAAUUCGUCGCGUCCACCAGUAGCCGACAGCGGUGCUCCACAGGAAACCCUCAAACCCUCCUGUUCGGGCUACCUUCCGUGUCAUUAUUUUGAUUACAUGGGCGGUACUAGUACCGGGGGGCUCAACGCUAUCAUGCUUGGCCGUCUAAGAAUGUCAGUAGAUCAGUGUGUCUGCAAUUAUCCGUCCAUGGCGGAAAAAAUCUUCUCCAAGGCCCGCAGGAUGCAAGUCAAAGGCUGGCCCAACAGCCGAUAUGACGCGCAAAUGCUAUCAGACGCCAUCCAGGAGGUUGUAUGCGUACGGACUGGGAAGGACGCGAAGGAUUACAUCAGGAACUUCGAGUCCCCGGAUGAUUUAUGCCGGACUUUCGUGGUGGCAAAGAAGGUAGCACCUGAAGGAAACGCCGAGGACCCAUGUAUAUUUCGCAGUUACGCCAACAAUGGAUCUCCUCAAGCCGCACGCCGAGGUUUGGGGCCCACCACACCUGGCCUUGCCAGCAAAGAUCCUAUCUGGAAGAUUGGCCGUGCUACUGCUGCAGCUCCAACGUAUUUCGAUCCCAUGAAAAUAGGCGAUGAUCUUUACUCCGAUGGAGGUAUGGGAUACAAUAAUCCGGCAGAGGAAGGCUAUUCCGAAGUAUUACACAAGGAGGGAUUCUUCCAGCGCAGUGACUGUACCGUUCCUAUCCGCUUGUUUCUCAGUAUUGGAACUGGAGGCAGCGACCAGAAUAGGCCGCCUGACAAUCCCACCCAGACCACUCCCACGGCACAACCGAACGGAAAGAAAAAGAAAAGAAAGAGGCGUUUCAUCCUGGGCCAUUUGGGCGAUCUGGGGGCUAGAUUGCAGAAAGAAGUAGUCAAAGCAGAAGCUGUUGAUCGCCGUAUGCGCGAAGUGAGUUUCAAGGAGCGAUGGCCGUACGUAAGAUGGACGGGUGGCGAAGACCUGGCGAAGUUAGAUCUGGAUAAAUGGAAAUCGAAGAAGAGAGGCAAAAAGAAAGGAGACGAAGAGAAGGAAGGCAAGAAGAAAGAGGAGAAGAAAAAGAAAAAGAAAAAAGACAAGAACACGCAAACUGAAAUCGAAGGCUGGAUUCACGGCUACAUGAAUGAUCCAAUCCGUCGAGAAGAGGUCAAGAAAAUCGCAAAAAUUCUCGUCGACGUCCGAAGGAAGCGAAUACGUCACGACGGAGACAGAUGGCAGAGCCAUACUUAUUGCAGCCACUUAAUCUGCCCCAAUUGUAAUACGAACGAUUAUCGGAAGACCGGCACAGAAGCUCAGCUCCAGAAGCACUUUGAGGAGGACGAAGGUCAUCCAGAUACGGUAGAUCUUUCGGGAUAUUCUCGCUUCGCGCCGAAAGUGGAUGGCGGUCCCUGGUGA